AUGGAGAUCCUGUCUCGCUGUGAUAUCAGUCUCCUGCAGGAGGUGAUGGAUCCUGAUGGUAAAGCCAUCCAAAAGCUGCUGGCAUCUCUCAACAGGCCAACCGACAGGUAUGACGAGUUCAGCUACCAAGCAGUUUCCAGUAAGGCUCUGGGAAAGUCUCCCAACAACAUGCAGCAGUACGUUUUCAUCUACAGGAUGGAGACAGUGAAUGUGACAGAUAAGCAUCAGUACCAGAAGAAACAGUCGUUCGUCAGAGAGCCGUUCACCGUUCACUUCCAAAGCAGCAAAAUUGCAAUCAAGAACUUUAUUUUGGUUGCCCUGCACACUGAUCCCGGUCAGGCCGUCAAGGAGAUCGACCGGCUCUACGACGUCUUUGUUGAAGUCAGCAAGAAAUGGGAAAACCAGAAUGUGAUGUUCCUGGGAGAUUUCCACGCCGGCUGUGCCCACAUGGCGCGAGCUGACAAGAAAAAGAUCAGACUGUUCACCAACUCCAGUUUUUCCUGGCUGAUCGGAGACAAAGUGGACACCACCGUCACCGAGGACACCACCUGUGCUUAUGACAGGAUUGUGGUACAUGGGAAAUCCUUCCUGAGGGCCAUCACUCCGUUCUCUGCAAAAGUCUUCAACUAUGUCAAAGAAUUCAAACUCACCAAGACCAAGGCGCUGGAGUUAAGCGACAACUACCCACUGGAGGUGAGACUAAAGAACUCUGCCCUUCUCCUUCAGGCCACGCCCCUCCUGAUCCUCCUGAGUGUCUCUGUGAUCAUUCAGUCCUUCCUGUGAUCGUCUGCAUCAGUCUUGAGGUGUAACUGCUCUAAAAGCCUUUUGUCAUCCAGAGAGUCGUCGAUACUUUGAACCAUGUUAGAAGAAACUAGAUCCCUCACAGUAAUCAAAGUAACACAGAGUUUCUAAUAGAUGUUUGAGUUUACCUGGAUUAUUGUGUCAUGUGACUAAACUAAAGCUGACUGAGCCCAUAUCACAAAAUUUGGUUUCAGUCUGACACCAAGUAAUACAGGGCAAGAUACUGAUACCAAUACUUUCUUAUUAUUAAAAGCUACUUAUAUACUUUUAUAUAGGGGAGAGCAGCGUGUCAUGACUUAUGAGGUGAAUAAUCAGUCCGCUAAAGUAACAGCUAAUGGCGACCAAGAUUGACUAAGAUAUUAUUAACUAGGCUACUACCUGAAUAAUCCUCACCUCAGCCUCUUUGACGCGGUGCACUGUGCAUGCGCAGCGGUAUGUGGAGAAGCAAAGAGUACAUGCACUAAAUGUGUUUAGGCAACACGUUCUCAUCCCAAGUCGUCACAUGCCUGCCCCUCAUUGAAAUGACUGGAGGCUGAGUCACCGUACGGCCGUGUGACAGCAGCUUAAGGUACCAGAGUGCAUUAAAAAAAAGCAUCAAAAUAGAGCUUGUUUAUCAAAACAGUUGCCAGAGGAGGAUCCCCAGGGUCCUCUGACAGGCGUCUGGGCUCGGCCCAAAAUGUUCUCAAAUCCCAGAAACACCCCUGCGGACAUGUGCACGACCGCUGAUUGGCCCCUGACCUCCUGGCAAAACAAGCCAAGCAUCCCUGUACUAGAGUCUGCAAACACUGAAUUAAAUCAUGACUUUGGAGACCUAAACAUGACCAUCAUUUAUUAUCUCCACAUUAUAAAGGGCAUGCCAAAAUACAGUCACUUAAUGGGGUCAUUCAUUUGCUUUAGGGGCUUUAAAACACAACGACUUUAAUGUGUGCUUUAUCUAAUUUCAUCCACACAAUCAUCCCGGAGAUGUUGUUUGUCCUCACAUCACAAAUAAAUAAAAAAGGUAGCACUGAAACAGUAAACAAAUCAGCCAAUAAUGCUGCAAACAUAUGGACAUUAAUCAGUGGUUAUUGUAUUUCCCUGCUGGAGUGGUUUGUUUGUCCUGUGAAACACUGAUGAGUCACAGUAAAGCAGUGGACGGUGACAGAGUCUCAAACUCAACACACGACACGAAGACGUUUAAAUCAAAGAUGUUCAGAUUUAUACUCAAACUGCAGACUUUAUGUUUCACAGCAAAACCUCCUCCUGGUGCCGUUUAGAUGAUGCCAAAUACUGUCAUGAAAUUAUAAUGAUAACAAUAAAUUAAUUAGUGGUUAUUAAUCGUUUAUUAGUGACAACGGAGCAGUAAGUCUGGUCCACAUGGCUGCGUGGUUCUGGUUUCUGGCUUUCAGACAAUUGAUCAAGUUUUUAUCUAAAGUGCCGUUCAGCACACAUGAUAAUAAUAAUAAUAAUAAUAAUAAUAAUAAUAAUAAUAAUCAUGUAUACAGGAUGGUGGGGAGGCAGCAUCGUUGGCACACAGCAGUCCUGGAUCAGAGGACUUUAGGUUUUUAUACUCUCUUAAUGAAUGUAAAUACUGUAUAUGAAAUUUUAAUAACACGUCAUUGGAAUUUCUCAAUUAUGGGAUCAAUAAAGGUGUAUCUUAUCUUAUCUUAUCUUAUCUUAACUGUUUGGCUUUUUUAGGAGGUGAAUGGACUGUUAUUGUUUCAGAGGUCAUAUUUCCUCAUUUUUCCCGUCAUCUUGUCACCUGUUUUUUCUCUUGCCACCUCAGGUCUGUUUGACUUGUACAGAAACUGAUGUAAAUAUUUGAAAUACGUCAGGAACUUCUGAAACAUUUAUUGGUUAUGUGUUUUUAUGUGUUUUUAAUGUUCAGUAAAGUUUUUUAUGUUGAAAUUAAAAUGCUGAGGAUGUCAUUAUA